GCCACUGACAAGUGAGCAGUCAACAGCAUUUCCUUUUCCGAGACCACCCUUCUGAGCUCCUCUCUGGCUGCAGGACUGCAGAGGUCACCAUAGAUUGGUUCAAUUUCUCAGUUCCAGGCACUGGAUAAACUCACCACGCUGGGAUUACAUUAGCCCUGUGAUGGCUUCUAAUGCCAGCUGCUUCCUUUUGGCGGUGCUGUUUUCUGCCAGCUGUAAAGUCAUCACCUGCUCAGAACUGAUGUGCAUCGAGGAAGAAGUCAACAAGACAUACAACUGUGAAAAUUUAGGUCUCAGUAAAAUCCCUGAUGGUCUACCAAACACGACAGAGUUUUUGGAAUUCAGCUUUAAUUUCUUACCUAUAAUUCAAAAUACAACCUUCAGCAGACUCAUAAAUCUGACCUUUUUGGAUUUAACCAGGUGCCAGAUUAACUGGAUACAUGAAGACACUUUUCAAAGCCAUCAUCAACUGAACACACUUGUGUUAACUGGAAAUCCCCUGAUAUUCAUGGCAGAGACAGCAUUUAAUGGGCCCAGAUCACUGAAGCAUCUUUUCUUAAUCCAAACAGAAAUAUCCAAUCUUGAGUUUAUCCCAGUGCACAAUCUGGGAAAUUUGGAAAGCUUAUACGUGGGAGGCAAUCAUAUUUCCUCCAUUAAGAUCCCCAAAGACUUCCCAAUACAGAAUCUGAAAGUCUUGGAUUUUCAGAAUAAUGCGAUACAUUACCUCUCUCUCGAAGAUAUAAACUCUCUGAAGCAGGCCACCAACCUAAGCCUGAAUUUCAAUGGCAAUGGCAUUAAAGGUAUUGAGCCUGGGGCUUUCAACUCAACAGUCUUCCAAAGUUUGAACUUUGGGGGGACUCUUGACUUGUCUGUUAUAUUCAGGGGUCUACAAAACUCUAGUAUUCAGUCUCUCUGGCUGGGGACAUUUGAAGACGCAGAUGACCAAGAUCUUAGUUCAGACACGUUCAAGGGGCUUUGUGAAAUGUCUGUUGAGAGCAUCAACCUGCAGAAGCACCGAUUCUUAGAUGUCUCUCCAGCCCUGUUUCAGUGUUUCACCCGACUCCAGGAAUUGGAUCUGACGGGAACUCACUUGGAAGAGCUACCUUCUGAGAUGGAGGGCAUGAACUUGCUGAAGAAAUUAGUUCUCAAUGCAAAUCAUUUUGACCAAUUGUGUCAAAUCAAUGCUGCCAAUUUCCCCUCUCUCACACACCUCUGCAUCAGGGGCAACAGGAAAAAACUUCACCUCGGUGCUGCCUGUCUGGAAAAACUAGAACAUCUUCAAAAACUUGAUUUAAGCCAUAAUGACAUAGAGGCUUCUGACUGCUGCAACCUGCAACUGAAAAAUCUUCUCCACUUGCAAAGCCUAAACCUGAGCUACAAUAUGCCCCUGGGUCUCCAGAGUCAGGCGUUCAAAGAAUGUCCUCAGCUAGAAGUCCUGGAUUUGGCAUUUACCCACUUACACGUUACUGCUCCACAAAGUCCUUUCCAAAACCUUCCUCUCCUGCAGGUUCUGAAUCUCUCUCACUGCCUCGUAGAUACCAACAACCAGCACCUCCUAGCAGGCCUGCCCGAUCUCCGGUAUCUGAAUUUACAAGGGAACCGCUUUCAAGAUGGCAGUAUCCAGAAGACCAGCCUACUCCAGACAGUGGGCAGUUUGGAGAGUCUGAUUUUAUCUUCUUGUGAGCUCCUCUCCAUAGAUCAGCAAGCAUUCCGCAGCCUUGGAAACAUGAGUCAUGUAGACUUGAGCCAAAACAGCCUGACGUGGAAUAGCAUUAAUGCUCUCAGGCAUCUUAAGGGGCUCUACCUCAAUCUGGCCGCCAAUAGCAUUGGCAUCGUCCCACCCCAUCUCCUCCCCAUUUUGUCCCAGCAGAGCUCCAUUAAUUUAAGUCACAACCCCUUGGACUGCACUUGCUCGAAUAUUCAUUUCUUAACAUGGUACAAAGAAAAUCUGCAAAAACUUGAGGGCGUGGAAGAGACUGUGUGUGCAAACCCCGAUUCUCUCAGAGGAGUUAAACUGGCUGAUGUCAAACUGUCCUGUGGGAUUACAGCUGUGGGCAUUUUUUUCCUUGUGGUAUUUUUACUCUUGUUGAUCAUCCUGCUAGUUUUUGCAGUAAAAUUUCUUCUCAGGUGGAAAUACCAACACAUUUAGUGCUAAAGGUUUCCAGAGAAGGCAAAUAAAUGAGUUUAGCAGGAAUUCGCAAAAAGGCCAUGUCCCUUCCACCCACUGACAUCCCUCACAACACCUCCCAGUCCAUCCCCUAAGGGAAAUCAUCAGCCCCCACAAUCUAGCAAUUUGAGGCCAUGCCCCACACACCCAGCCCUCACCGCACACAUGCGCACACAGAGGCUCUGUUCCACAGCUCUGGCAUUGUGCUCCAAUCUGGGUUCUCAGUAAUGGAGCCAUUUGGGAAAUAGUCCAGGACACAGUCUAAUUGCUUAUUGUAAAUGAAAAAAGGAAAAACACAAUGAAUUUAAAAGAAAAGCCUGAAAAAUGACUCUUGCUAUCAAAUAGACUCCAUUAAUCUCCUUAAUCCUUGGGUUUCUAAGGUCUCUAUAAUGCCCCUAGGGUACAAAUAGCUAUGAAAAAGCCCCAACCCUGACUCCACCCCAGGGUUUAGGAUUUCUAUCACUCUUGCCUCCUUCAGGAGGAUCCCUCCUGCCUGUCUAGUGCUCUUGGUCUCAUGUUACAGAGCCUAAUUUACAGGUGGGCUGCAGUCUACAUUGCUCUCCUUAUUUGGGCAUUUGGUCUUUAGAAGCCAUUUCCCACAGGAACUGUAGAAUAAAUGGUGGUUUGAUUCCCAGACUGGCCCUCAAAAACCUAUUUACCUCGGAGAGCAUUUGAGAUAGCACAUUUACAAUGAAAACUCAUGGAAGAAGACAUCGUUGCAUACUAACUGCUGGGAACAUAAUACGGCUGGUGCAGAGAGAAGAGGUUUCUGUUGAGAGCGAACCAGCAACAGACAGGGGACCAAACUGAAGGCAGACAGACAAACAGGGCUCUUCUGCCGCUGUGUUUCAGUGAAGCUGACAAUGUCUUCACAGUCCAAAGUCAUGCUCAAGCAGUCCUCAGUCUUCUCAAAUCUGGCGAGUCAGACAGGCUCAUGCAGAGCUCUUGUUCUCCAGUGUUGUAUUUAUACAGCCUUGAUUAAGUCCCCAGUUCCAGGGCAGAGAUGGAGAAGGCAACUGAGAGUUACAAAAGUCUCACUGGCUAUCAAAGGAAAACUCGAUCAACUUUAAUAUCCAAUCAGAAUUCAUUAGCUCUUAGCUGGAAGGUGUACUACUACAACAUAAUAACAGAGUGGAAACUGGGGGGUCCAAACUCUUCCCCCUAGUCUAAGAACAGCAGUGGAUAAAACUCUUUCCUGCUCAAAGAUCUCAGGACUUCCCACUUGUUCUUUCCUUAGACUGGGAGAUGCUGCCAUCAGUCUCUAAAAGGCUAGAUCCCCCAAGUCCUGAGAUUUUAGUGUUAAUGUUUUCUCCUCUGAGGGGAGUCCGUCCUUGAUCUAACCAAUCCAGCCACCUCUAUGCGAUGCCCAAUUCACUCUCACAGCACCUGGUUUUAUUGCCUUUCUGAUGCUUAUGGGUGUUUGGAAUGAUCUUCACUUGUUUUAAUUACCUGUCUUGACCUGUAUCUCCCAAGUGCCCAAAUGUACAAUCCAAGAGAGGGUCUUUGCCCAACAGUAUCCUAAACAAGUCUAAGAUUAGAUAUGUUUAGAUAGAGAGUUUUUGCUACAGGGUGCCUGUGUUUGCCAGAGAGAAACAGCAAGAGAGAGUGAGAGAGAGGGAAAAAGUGAGAAGUCACCCCCCACAAAGGAUAUGGCCAGGAUAUAAUCCCUUCUCCUCCAUUCUCCACUUGGAUGUGGGGCACGCACACAUAUGUACCCUGUGCGUUUUUUAAGCCACUAGGUCUGGGACUUGAACUGCUCAGUCAGCCAUGUGAAAUCCAACUGUCUUAGCCUGUGGCUGGCCCGAGAUUCAAUGUAUUUUUAACAAUGUUUGACAUUUUGACAUUUUGCCUGGCAUCUGAGCCCUGAGUCCUGAUCGGUUCCUAGUUUUCCUCUCAUGUCCAUACAUACCUACUCUUAGCUUCAACUAACAUCUCCAUCAUUUCCUGGGCUUUCAGCAAGUCUGUCACUAGAAUCUCCCAGAGAAAUCUUUUUAAAAAUGGAUUCCUGGGAACGAGUAGUGUGAUGGUUAUGUCACGUGACUCUCACGUAGUCGACCGUGGUUCAAGUCCUGAACCUGGCGGCUUUAAACUCA